AUGGAACCUAACAAUGUUGAGAAUGAUGGGGGUGAUUGUGAUUGGAAGCUUAGAGUUCACAUGACAUUUGAUACAGAACAAAAAGCAUAUAAUUUCUAUAAUGCUUAUGAAGGAAGGCUGGGUUUUAGUAUUAAAAGGAGUUAUGUAAACAAGAAUAAGGAGGGGCAAAUCACUUCAAGGCUAUUUGUUUGUAAUAAGGAGGGGUUUCGGGGUGUCGACAAGCGAGAUCCAUUAACAAAAAAUCCUAGGCAGGAAGUAAGGACUGGUUGUCAAGCCCGACUUAUCAUUAAGUGGGAUAGGAAUAUUCAUAAAUUUUUUGUUGGUGAGUUUAUUGAACAACAUAAUCAUAUUUUUGUACCAACAGAAUGUACGCAUAUGUUACCAUCCCAAAGGAAGAUAUCUGCAUCACAGACAACCAAAAUAGAUUUAGCCGAAAAAUCUGGAAUCCGGCUUAAUACUACAUUUGAGCUCAUGGGUAAUGAAGCUAGUGGAAGGGAGUCGCUUGGGUUCACAAAAGUGGACCAAAAAAAUUAUUUAAGAACAAAGAGGCAAAAGAGUUUAGCAUAUGGGGAGGCAUGUAGCAUUUUGCAAUAUUUUCAUGAGAAGACAUUGGAGAAUCCAUCUUUUUUUUACUCAGUCCAAUUACAUAGUGAGGAGCAGAUUACAAACAUAUUUUGGGCCGAUGCUCAGAUGAUCAUGGAUUAUGGGCAAUUUGGUGAUGUUGUGACUUUCGACACUUCUUACAAGUUAAAUAGUGCACAUAGACCAUUUCGUCUUUCGUUGGAUUUAACCAUCAUAGGGAAACUAAGAUUCUUGGAGGCAAUGUCAAGUAAGGCUCCGAAAAUAAUUUUUACGGAUCAGGAUACUGCAAUGGCUAAGACCAUACCUAUUGUCAUGCCUAAUACAAAACACCGCCUUUGCACUUGGCAUUUGAUGCAAAAUGCAUUAAGGCAUGCAAAUUCUAUCUUCAAGGAUAAGGAGGUAAAGGAUAAGGAGAUGAAGAGUGUUUUAUCCAAAUUUAUGUACGACAUUGAGGAUGAGGAUGAUUUUAUAUUAAAAUGA